AUAGUCAUAUCCUUCAAACUCGGGUUUCUUUUAUUAAAAUAAUCUACAGUGAUAUAUCGAUUUUUGAUGAAACUUGAACUACAACUUAUUUAGAACAUAGAUGAAACUUGAGGCCAGGCCUCACUUAAUAAAGUCAGAUUGUCACAGCCAGUUCAUUUGUAUAUUCAUUCUUUCAGCUGUCCAUAAAUGAAUAUAUUCCCUCAUUUCGGAUUUUCUUUUUACCUAAACGUUUCCGUUUACAAAACUAUAGUUCUCUUUCUCAUGUUGAUUGAGAUUCACAAGUUCUAGCUAUCUGAUAGUGACUAAUCAUGGGAUCAAUUCUGGAGAUGUGAAGAAGCUUCAAGAUGCAGGGAUCUAUACUUGCAAUGGCUUGAUGAUGCACACGAAAAAGAAUUUAACUGGCAUCAAAGGGUUAUCUGAAGCAAAAGUUGACAAAAUCUGUGAAGCUGCUGAGAAGAUAGUGAAUUUUGGGUAUAUUACUGGAAGUGAUGCUUUGAUCAAAAGGAAAUCUGUGGUUCGAAUAACAACUGGAAGCCAAGCUCUUGAUGAACUUCUAGGCGGUGGCAUAGAAACUAGCUCGAUCACGGAAGCUUUUGGAGAGUUUAGAUCUGGGAAGACACAGCUUGCCCAUACUCUCUGCGUUUCAACACAGCUUCCUACUCAUAUGAAAGGAGGAAAUGGAAAAGUUGCUUACAUUGAUACUGAAGGAACUUUCCGACCAGAUCGAAUUGUACCUAUUGCUGAAAGAUUUGGCAUGGAUGCUGGAGCUGUCUUAGACAAUAUCAUAUAUGCACGUGCAUAUACAUAUGAGCACCAGUACAACCUACUUCUUGGUCUAGCAGCCAAAAUGUCUGAAGAGCCCUUCAGACUUCUGAUCGUUGAUUCUGUUAUUGCUCUGUUCCGAGUGGAUUUUACAGGAAGAGGAGAACUUGCAGAUCGUCAGCAAAAACUUGCUCAGAUGUUAUCCCGCUUGAUCAAAAUUGCUGAGGAAUUCAAUGUAGCAGUUUAUAUGACGAAUCAAGUUAUAGCUGAUCCGGGUGGUGGAGUAUUCAUAUCAGAUCCCAAGAAGCCAGCAGGAGGACAUGUGCUUGCUCAUGCAGCCACAAUACGGCUGAUGUUCAGAAAGGGCAAAGGUGAACAGCGUGUUUGCAAGGUGUUUGAUGCACCCAACCUCCCCGAAGCUGAAGCAGUGUUCCAGAUAACAGCAGGUGGGAUUGCUGAUGCAAAGGACUAAAGUUCAGUGCAGAAAAGGGGUUAUAGCUCAUUGCCUCUACUUAUGUUGUUUACUUGGCUUAAAUGUUUAGUUUCAGUAUUAACUGGUCAAACUUAUAAACAGAGUACUGAAGCUGCGCACUUCUGGCAAUUGCAAUUAUUAUUUUAGAAUGUAUCAGCAGCUUGCUGAGGUAAAAGCAUUUGCAGAUUACAUCAAACUUGUUUGAUAUGGUAUAAUUUGUUAAUAUAUGAGCCUAUUUGCAUGGUA